CAGUAGUCAAUGCGUAAAUCUCCGACGCUCAGUUAGUUUGCGAGGCGCGUUAGGCGAGGAGUUUGUUAGCGGUUUUAGAGUGAGUUUGUUUGAAAAGCAGUUAGAUGGUUAGUCAGAUAUGAAGCAGAAGAAGAAGUUUACAGUUUUAGAAGCAUUGGAGCUGAUCCUUARCAACAGUGACGUUGAAGUMGAGUCCUCCAACAGCAGCGUGGAUUUUGAAAUGGAGGCAGGAGAAUCGGCGCAUGAAUUUGUUUGUGUCAGGAGGAAGCAGGCAUCACUGAGAAGAGCCAGCCACCCAGCACUUCAGCUGAGCCAACUUCUUCCAGUGAUGAGGGGUCUGGUGAUGAGGAAGAAUAUCGGCCACCUUCUCUUCAGCCACGUUCCUCCACAACUUCAGCCAAAAGACCAAGGAGCAGCUCAUCCAAGUCGAGCAGUAGAGGGAAGAAAGGAUCGAGGCGG